UUUCUAUCAAUGGGUGGAUUUACAUUUGACCUGUAUGUUGUAAGGCCUUUGGCUCUGGUGGUGUGACAGCCGAGUUGUGGGAGGCAGUUAGUGGUGGGCACUUCCCAAAGGAGAAGGGGUCCUGGUCUGCACGAGCUCAUUACCAUGAGCUUGUCUCCACCCUCACCUCUCUUUUCAGAUCCAAGCCUAUGCUGCUUUCAUCUGCCCUGAAUCCCUUUAUAUUCCUAUUACUUCUACCGAAACAUGACCUUCUUGGAAAAAUAUGGUGCGGAAGCCUGAUGUGGGGGUGAGGGGAACUUUGUAAAUUGUGAGAUGUAAAGUAUAUAGUCUGACCCGAUUUCUGAUAGUCCCGAAUUUCCAUCUGGUGAUGAGUGAUUGUAUUUUUCAGAACAUUUCCACCUUUGUGAACUUACUGAUCUUAGAAGAUUAUCUACCGAUUAAGUUUUCCAUUUCUAGUCAACAGUUUUAUAUUCACUGGCUUUGACUGUGUAGGAAAUCAGCUGGUGCCUAUGAAGGCAUCAUAACCCCAGUGAGUCACAAAGGCAGCUAGAUUCCCAUUCAGCCUUAGGAAGGAAGGAGAAGUGUGCAGUUUUCCUCUUUUGGAGGUUGAGUAUCACACUUUAUAGCCGUCCUUUAAAUCAUAUGACAUUAAGAUUUGAUGUGAUUAUUCCUAAUUGACUUGGAGUUACGCACUUCUUGUAUGUGCUCUUGCCUUUGGAUUUAAUGACAUGAAGGCUUUGAGAAGUGAGCAGAUUCCAUUUUUUCUGGUGACUAUUAUAUAGCACUAUUAAGAGUUCAGUCCUGUGCAGAGGAUAUAAAGUCCUGACUUCUUGCUGAAUUCAUAAAUAUUUCCAGGAAGGAUCUCUCUGGUUAAGCCCUUCUCUCUCAGUCCCUACUCUGCGUUCUCUCCGGUUCCUUCUCAGACUCUCCCUUACAAGCCAGGCAGGAAUUAUAGGAUUCAUGCAUUUAUUCAGCAAAUACUGAGGAUUGCAUGCCAGGAUCAGCGCUGGCAAUGCAGUGCUGCAGCCCAUGGCUCAGGUCCCUACCCUUUCAGGGGACUUAGAAUGCAGAGCAGGGGAUGGGGUCACAUCAUCCCCGCUAGCCUAUCCUUGUAAAUAAGGUUUUGUUGGCGCACAGCCAAACCCUUUCAGUUUCAUGCGUCUGUGGCUGCUUUGGCACUGGAACGGCAGCAAAGUCAGGAGCAUUCAUUACUUGACUGUUUACAGAAGAAGUUAACUGACUCUGGCUUGGAGUGUGUGUGGGGAGAGCCAGAGAAACCUGAUAAACCCAGAGAAGAGGGUCCUCUGGUGUCCUAGAGGGAAGAGGGCCAGCCUGGAGCUGUAGCAGAGAGGGGAACGUGUUCAUACCCAAAUUUCACUGUGGCUGCUAUGCAGGUAGGUGAUGGAGAGGCAGCAUUGGAGUGUGAGGCCCUGCCUGGAUGCAUGUCUCAGCCCUGCCAUGCCUGAUCCCAACAUCAGCCUGCUCCUCUGUUGGCUGUUCUGUGUGUACGACAGGGCUGGCAGUCAUGGACCUCAGUCUUGGGAAUCCGUGGCUUACCACAUGUGAGGCACUUAGAACCCUGUUAUUCCUCUUCCUGUAAUCUUUCAGGCAGGCUGGCCUGAACCGAGCUGGCCUCAGCAGUCAGGGUUUGGAGAACAUGGCCGGAUUUAGGAGCUACACAAGCUCUGAAUUGGAGGAGUCAGUGAUUAAUUGGAUGUCAGAACAUGAGGCCAAGGAUGAAAAUGUAUGUUUUACCUUUGAUCGGUGAGUGGGUGCUGUUUACCGUCCCUGAGGUGGGGAAGACAGUCCUGGAAGCAGGUUUGUGAUGUGGGGUAAGUGUAAGUUCAGUCUGGGGUGUCUUAAGUUUAGGUUGAUUGAAGUAGAAAUGGCCAGGAGGCAGGUGCCUGCAGGCCUGGAGAUGAGAAGGAUGAAAAGUGUGAUGUGGGUGCAGGAAAUGUGUAGGCAUGAUGGGUGUGACCUAGUCGCCUGGCUUGGAAGAGAAGGAGAUUGCCCAGGGUGAGGAGGAGCAACAGGCAGCCUGCUGUCCGAUCUCUAGAGAGCACCAGCAGUGAAAGGUUAGACAAGAGAACGAUCAGAACACCUUUUGGAGGAAGAUAUGCAUGAAGUUUGAACCUGUUAAACAUUCUCUUCUUAAGGAAGACAGAGCUGUUAAUAAUCCCAUGCCUGACCGAGGGGCCAAUGGACUAGCUCCCGGGGAUGACAGAUUCAAACCCGUGGUGCCCUGGCCUCAUGUUGAAGGAGUGGAAGUGGACUUAGAGUCUAUUAGAAGAAAAAACAAGGCCAGACAUGAACAAGAGCGCCACGCUGGAGGAGAUAACCAGAAAGACAUAAUGCAGAGGCAGUAUCUCACAUUUAAGCCUCAGACUUUCAGCUACCGUGAUCCUGUGCUCCGCCCAGGGGUCCUCGGGAACUUUGAACCCAAAGAGCCUGAGCCUCAUGGAGUGGUUGGUGGCCCUGGAGAGAAAGCCAAGCCAGUGGUUUUGGGACCAGAACUCAAACAUGCAGUUCAAGCCAGCAUUAAAGAGUUUGGAUUUAACAUGGUGGCAAGUGACAUGAUCUCUCUGGACCGCAGCGUCAAUGACUUACGGCAAGAAGAAUGCAAGUAUUGGCAUUACGAUGAAAACCUGCUCACGGCCAGCAUCGUCAUUGUCUUCCAUAAUGAGGGGUGGUCAACCCUCAUGAGAACAGUCCACAGUGUAAUUAAAAGGACUCCAAGGAAAUACCUGGCAGAAAUCGUGUUGAUUGAUGAUUUCAGCAACAAAGAACAUUUAAAAGAAAAACUGGAUGAGUAUAUUAAGCUGUGGAAUGGCCUAGUGAAGGUAUUUCGAAAUGAGAGAAGAGAAGGUUUAAUUCAGGCACGAAGUAUCGGUGCCCAGAAGGCCAAACUGGGACAGGUUUUGAUAUACCUCGACGCCCACUGCGAGGUGGCAGUUAACUGGUAUGCACCACUUGUAGCUCCUAUAUCUAAGGACAGAACCAUUUGCACUGUGCCGAUUAUAGAUGUCAUAAAUGGCAACACGUAUGAAAUUGUACCCCAAGGGGGUGGUGAUGAAGAUGGGUAUGCCCGAGGCGCGUGGGAUUGGAGCAUGCUCUGGAAACGGGUGCCUCUGACCCCUCGAGAGAAGAGAAUGAGAAAGACAAAAACUGAACCGUAUCGGUCCCCAGCCAUGGCUGGAGGAUUAUUUGCCAUUGAACGAGACUUCUUCUUUGAACUGGGUCUCUAUGAUCCAGGUCUCCAGAUUUGGGGCGGUGAGAACUUUGAGAUCUCAUACAAGAUCUGGCAGUGCGGGGGCAAGUUACUGUUCGUGCCCUGUUCCCGCGUGGGACACAUCUACCGUCUUGAGGGCUGGCAGGGGAAUCCUCCGCCCAUCUCCGUUGGGUCCUCACCUACUCUCAAGAACUAUGUGAGAGUUGUAGAGGUCUGGUGGGAUGAGUAUAAAGACUAUUUCUAUGCCAGUCGCCCUGAAUCAAAGGCAUUACCAUAUGGAGAUAUUUCUGAGCUGAAGAAAUUUCGAGAAGAUCAUAACUGCAAAAGUUUCAAAUGGUUCAUGGAAGAAAUAGCUUAUGAUAUCACCUCACACUACCCUCUGCCGCCCAAAAAUGUCGACUGGGGAGAAAUCAGAGGCUUUGAAACUGUGUAUUGCAUUGACAGCAUGGGGAAGACUAAUGGAGGCUUUGUUGAACUGGGACCCUGCCACAGGAUGGGUGGCAAUCAGCUUUUCCGAAUCAAUGAAGCUAACCAACUCAUGCAGUAUGACCAGUGUUUGACAAAGGGGGCUGAUGGAUCAAAAGUUAUGAUUACACACUGUAACCUGAACGAGUUUAAGGAAUGGCAGUACCUCAAGAACCUGCACAGACUGACUCACAUUCCUUCUGGAAUGUGCCUGGAUCGCUCAGAGGUUCUCCAUCAAGUGUUCAUCUCCAAUUGUGACUCCAGCAAAAUGACUCAAAAGUGGGAAAUAAAUAACAUCCAUAGUGUUUAGAAAGAAUGAAAGAAACCAAUAACCUACCUACUGACAAUGUACAUUUUACACAGGACUGAAAAUCGCCUGAAAACUGCUGCAACUGUUGUUCCCUGUACAGCUCCAAAUCCAGAUCCUCCCAGGAGCCCGAGGACAUUGAUAAAAUGUGAUUUUACAAUAACAUUAUCAUCUGCAAUUCCUGUUUACAAAACUGCUUUUACCUUAAACUUUGUAGAUGUUUACAUCUUUUUGUUUUGUUUCGUUUGAAGAUGAUGUUGGUAAUCUGCUUUUAGCUCUGACUUAGAGUUAAAGGCAUUGUUGUCUUCUUUGGGAUUACACUCAGGGUCUGAAAGGCAGUUUGAUUUUCUUUUUUGUUUGUUUUUAACACACUUGAAAAAAGGUUGGAGAAACCAGACUCUCAUAUAUAACUUGGAGGUUAUCAACCUGUUGUGUCUUUAUUUAAUUUUACAUCUUUUUGAAGCACUGCCACAGGUUAUUAGCCGAGGUGGCCUUCCUUCACGGUCAUGCUGCUUUUUUGAAAGGUGAAUUCAACACAUUUAGUGCCUCUUUCAUUUCUUGGUAUAUGCUUCAAGAGCUUUUGAUGCGAUUUGUAGGAAGGUAAUGAUGGAAUUGUCACCUGUCGGAGGAAUGCUUUUACUACUCAACUGAGUUUAUGCACUACCACCUGCUCUGAAAUGGGACGGUGUGUGUGGCUUGGAAAGGAGAUGACUAGAUGGAACAUCCAGGGCGGUCCCUUAGGUGUGAAGAUUGUACGACAUUAGCUCCCUUUCUUGUCGGCAUUCCUAGCGCCCUAAGGCAGCAGAGGGGUCUCCCAACUAGAGGAAAAUUGUCCCCUGGCAUCUGGGAUUGGCUUUUACCCAGUACUUGUCGCUACGGAAAACUAUAAAUAAUUCUCAGUUUGAAACCUUGAAAUGGGGGCAACAAAACACCACUGUAAACACAUCAAAGGUUUGUUCUGACCGAGGUGAGAAUUCUUAAACCCUGUUGGAUUAAGCCUUACAAGACUACUGUGUGUUGUAACCCAAGCUGUGCAAUUUAUGAAGCCAAGAGUGAACGGACCUUUCAUUUAUAUCUUCAUCCAAAUGAAAUUCCCUGCACAUUUUUUAAAUUUAAAAGAGGCUAUUUAAAAAUACAGUCCAUUCACAGAUAUGAACUCCUUUCUGUUAGAUGAUGUGUUAAUUUCCCUACUCAUUCUUUUUUUUUUUUAGGGAAGUAUAUUUCUAUUAGUAUUUUUCCAGUGAAAAGAAGACUUGUUUAAAUUUCACAUUUAUUAAAAUAAUACCUGCUAUAGGAAAACCAAAUACUACAAGUGGUCAAUUAGAUUUUAAGUUCUGUAAUAGUCUUUUAUUACCCACAAGGUUGAAAUGUUAUGUUGAAUGCAAAAAGAUAAAAACAAAAGUGAUGAGGUAGGAAUGGCAAGUAAAUAAAGCAUUUUUGAUCUUGUAACCAUAAUCAUUACAAUGGAAGGAAUUCACAAACUACUGCCAGAGGGAAAUAUUUUCAAUUAGAGCUUAAAAAAGGAAGGGGGGAAAAAAACACCUCCAUUUGUUUAAAAGAAAAGCCUGUAAUUUGUUUCUUCCAAGAUUAUCUCUUAAAUUUGGAAAGCGAAACAUCCUAAACAGUUUUAUUUAUAGUUUUGAAUUGUCAAUUUGUACUUUGCUACUGAUCUGUGAUCAACCAUUUUAACUUUCAUUCAUCUCUAGGGAUGUUUAAAAAGAAAUACAUUUAUAUGCUUAUAUAAUUGCAAAAUAAAUCAACUAUAAGAAGCUAAGAGAACUGGUACUUUAAUUACUUGUGUUUGCAAAUAGGUUCCAUUUUCCUUGUUGAAUAGAUUAUAACCUUGUUAACUAUGCAUAGGCCUAAGAAAGGUGGCACAUAAACUGUGCAUGUAAAUUUUAAGUGGGUAUUUUGUGCAAUUCGUUAAGAUACUCUAUAAAAAUGAUCCUAUAUAUUGAAAUCAGAAACCUUACCAAACAAGAAAAACAUCAGAAGCUGCUGCCAUAAUGACUAUUUUCUACUGUAGGCUGCUUUGGAAUUAACUCCCAUAUCCUUGCUUUGUAAGUUGAUGCUAUCACUAUGCAUUUCUACACAUUUUAUAAAUUUGAUUUAUGCAAAUUUUGAUACACUGUAUGUUUCUGUAGAAAUUGUAUAAAUAUUCAAAUUUUUAUUAGGGGAAAAUUUUAAAAGUUUAUGUAUAUCUUAAUUCCAGGUUGCUUGUUUUUUAGGUGAGAAAAAAAUAAAAUACUGUAUUUUAA